UUCUUCCACUACCACACCACUCUCUCUCUCUCUCUCCAUUCCCUCUUUCUUUUGUCUCCCUUCCAAAGUGAUAAACAAAGCUCCCAAAGACAAAAUAACAACUGAAGCAAGCUAGCUAGCUCCUACACUUCCUCUCCCACUUCCAAGCUUUCCUCUCCCAGCUUAACUUUCCUAGCUAGCUAAUUCAAUGGAGGAGAUGGGGGAGCUCGGCCACCUUUUCAUGACGGUUUUCCUGUCGGCGGUGUCGGGGAUCGUGGUGAUUCCGGCGAUCACCGACGUCACCAUGGAGGCGCUCUGCCCCGGCGUCGACGAGUGCUCCCUCGCCAUCUACCUCUCCGGUUUCCAACAAGCGGUGAUAGGAUUGGGGACGGUGGUGAUGAUGCCGUUGAUUGGGAAUUUGUCGGACAGAUAUGGGCGCAAAGCUUUGCUCACUUUCCCACUCACCCUCUCCAUCAUUCCUCUUGUAACACUAGCAUACAGCAGAUCAACAGAGUUCUUCUAUGCCUACUACAUUCUCAGAACUCUCACUGCCAUGCUCUCUGAAGGCAGCACCAACUGCCUUGCUCUUGCCUAUGUGGCAGACAACAUCUCAGAAUCCAAAAGGACAUCAGCAUUUGGGAUUCUAGCUGGUGUUGGCUCAUCUGCUUUCGUCUUCGGGACAUUAGCUGCUCGAUUCCUCUCCACCGCUAUGGCGUUCCAGGUCGCAGCAGCUCUGUCCAUGGCUGCAGCUGUGUACAUGAGAGUCUUUCUCAAGGACAAAUUGUCUGAAACAGAACACACAUUGACAAAGCCAAUACUGAAACAAAUAGUGUCACAUGAUGAUGAUGGUGAACAAAGUUGUGUUCUUACUAACAAGGUGGCCUUCAAGGCAUUUCCAUCAGUUGGUGACCUUAUUUCCUUGCUGAGGACCAGUGUGACAUUUUCUCAGGCAGCCAUAGUCACAUUCUUCAACAGUCUUGCUGAAGGUGGACUCCAAGCUGCCAUCAUGUACUACUUGAAGGCGCGGUUUCAGUUCAGCAAGAACCAGUAUGCUGAUCUGAUGCUGAUCAUGGGACUUGCAGGAAUGGUGUCUCAACUGAUCCUGAUGCCACUGCUGGCGCCUUUCGUAGCAGAACAGAAGCUGCUUUCACUUGGCCUGCUAGUAGGCUGUGCAAAUACGGUUGUCCUCAGUGUCGCGUGGGUCGAUUGGGUGAGCUUUUUGCUCCCUUUCUCGUCUCUGAUAUCUGUUCCAUAUGCAACAGCUGUAUUCACUGCAGUUGUGGUUCUUGUAACUCCUUGUCUUCGUAGCAUCGCGUCGAAGCAAGUUGGAUCGAGUGAGCAAGGGAAGGCUCAAGGUUGCCUUUCAGGGAUUGGCUCCAUUGGCAGCAUCAUAGCUCCAUUGCUCUUCACCCCUCUGACGGCCAUGUUCCUGUCUGAGAAACCACCAUUUGACUUCCCUGGAUUCAGCAUUCUCUGCAUUGGCUUCAUGACGAUGAUUGCCUUCAUUCAGAGUCUUAUGAUAACUGCUGAUCAUCGUCAGAUCCCAACUCACAAGAUUGACUGUGGAGACUGUGUGGAGGCCUCUAGUUGUGAUCACUUGAGAUAGAGCUAGCUAGUAGUAGUUUUACAAAAAGUAUGCACAAAAUAGUAGAACACAAAAGAGUGACCAUAAUGUAGCUGAAGUUAGUAAUUAAGGUCACUUGUCAUGUAAAACAUGUUAUCACAUAUAUAUAGGAUGAAUGGUUGCUCUGAGUUUUACAUCCAUAUAGAAAUAUUGUUCCAAAUUAUUAUAUGUUAUUAUAUUUUCAAGUGACGAUCACUAGUUAUUGAACAUAAAAUUGUAAGGGUCAUUAACUAGUUGGUCCCAAUAACUCGAGUUGUUGGUAGAAGGUUAUGAUGGAUCUUGUAUCACUCUCUUACACGCCCCCUCAAACGAAAUCCAACUCAUGAGCUUGAAGUUUGCACAGACCCACCAUACCUUGUGCUUAAAUCAAUUUUUACCUGAGACC